CAUGAAACUGAACGUAAAGUAUAUCUAUAUAUAAUAUGCCUGACACGCACCAUUAAUGCAUAUCACAUAGAAAGGAAACUGAGGGGUGAGGGUUCACAUUGCUUCUCUUCUCAUCAAAACGUUCUCCUUGAACCCCAAAAGGUUUACAUCAGUCAGGUCCCCAACAAUGAAAGCUAGCAGCAUGUCAAGCUUUGAAGUAAACUCAUACUCAUCAUCUUUUCACCUCCUUGUCUUUAUUUUCUUAUUAAUCUUGAACUUUCCAAGCCUCAAAACUCCAUUAGCGGCCACAUUGAAUGAAACAGACAAGCUAGCACUGCAGGCCUUCAGAGAGUACACAAUUCAAGAUCCUUCAGGAAUUAUAAGCUCAUGGAAUGAAUCUAUCAAUCACUGUCAAUGGAUGGGAAUCACAUGCAGCACUAGACAUGAGGGAAGAGUUACUGAAUUGAACUUGAACAAUCAACAAUUGGUUGCUUCGAUACCACCCCACAUAGGAAAUCUCUCCUUUUUGAGGUAUAUCAAUCUUGGAAGCAACCGUUUUAGAGGCAAUAUUCCUCCCGAAAUAGGUCGUUUGUCGCGCCUGGUAAAUCUCAAUCUCAGCAAUAAUGAAAUCGGAGGGGAGAUUCCAAGGAAUUUGAGUUCCUGUUCAAGCCUACAAGUCAUCAACUUGAUGUAUAAUAGGCUUGAAGGCAUAAUCCCAGAUGAGAUUGGAAAGCUAUCUAGCAAACUUACUAGAUUCUCAGUCUCUGUAAAUAAUCUGACUGGGAAUAUCCCACAAUGGCUAGCCAAUGCAUCUUCACUCACUAGACUCUCCAUGGCAGGAAACAACUUUCAGGGACAAAUCCCAGCUGAGCUUGGUAGACUUUCAAAGCUUAUACUUUUUCAAUUUUCUGGAAACAAUUUAUCAGGAACUGUACCUCCUUCAAUUUUCAAUCUUAGUUCACUUCUUUACCUGGAUGUGGGAACCAAUCAAUUACAAGGCACAAUCCCAUCUGAUAUCGGAUACACUCUUCCAAAUCUGCUAGGUCUCUAUGUUUAUGAGAAUCAAUUUUCAGGUCCAAUACCAGCUUCCUUAGCCAAUGCAAAAGGACUAUUUGACAUAAGUUUUGGUUUCAACAGUUUUACAGGAACUCUGCCUUUAAGUAUUGGAAGCUUGAAGGAUCUUGCAAGAUUAUCCCUUACAAAUAACCAAUUGGAGAAUAAUGAGACAGAAGGUUUGAGUUUCUUGACUUCGCUGACAAAUUGUAGCAACCUUCGGGUGCUGGAUUUAGGCGGCAACAAGUUCAAAGGCCAAUUACCAGCCUCCAUUGGCAAUUUCAGUACUAACUUAGCAUCAUUGAUUAUCGGAACAAACCAGAUAUCAGGCAGAAUUCCAGAAAGUAUUGAGAACUUGAUCGGCCUGUCACUAUUGGCAUUGUACAAGAACAAUAUCACUGGUGUAAUUCCGGCUGGCAUUGGAAAACUUGAAAAGCUGGAAGAACUUCGCCUGUACAGUAAUAGGCUUUCGGGAAAAAUUCCUUCUUCGUUUGGAAACAACACUAGAUUGCUUCGUCUGGGCUUGCAUGAAAAUCUAUUAGAAGGAAACAUUCCUUCUACUUUGGGAAAUAUUCGAAACCUUCAAGCUCUUUCAUUGUCGGCUAACAACCUCUCCGGUGUUAUACCCAAAGAAGUAGUAAGCAUUUCAUCUCUGUCUGCUGUUCUCGACUUGUCACGAAAUUCUUUGACAGGGCCAUUACCUCCAGAGAUUGGUAACCUGACUGGUCUAACGCAAAUCGAUAUUUCUCACAACAAAUUGUCCGGUGAAAUUCCACGUACUAUUGACAAUUGUAUCAUGUUAGAGGUGAUUAGCUUUCAGGACAACUUAUUUGAAGGAAGCAUUUCAUCCUCAUUGAGUGCCUUAAGAAGUCUUCAUUUCCUCGAUCUUUCAAAUAACAAUUUUUCUGGCGAAAUUCCACAAUUCCUUCAGAAUCUCACUCUUCUAGGUAACCUCAACUUGUCCUCUAAUCAUCUUGAAGGAGAAGUGCCUCUUGGAGGGGUCUUUAGCAAUGUAAGUGCAGUUUCAGUUGCCGGAAACAGUAGGCUCUGUGGAGGCAUUAGGAGUCUCAGUCUGCCCGAGUGUGAAGCCCAAGGCAGAAACAAGCAUCAAAGAUCUCUAGUUCUCAAGAUUGUGAUUCCAGUGAUUGCUUCAUGUUCAAUACUUGCAGCAUGUUUUCUUGAUGUUUUUGCUUGGAAGAGAAAAGUAGGAAAGAAAGCUCCUGCAACGCUUCUACAAAUCGAAGAACAUUUUCCAACGAUUUCAUAUGCAGAACUAAAGCAUGCUACAGAUGAUUUUUCACCAUCUAAUCUGGUUGGGGAAGGAAGUUAUGGCUCUGUCUAUAAAGGAAUUCUGGAUGGUGAUGGAACGGUAGUGGCAGUGAAGGUGAUUAACCUUAAGCAUAAAGGAGCUUCCAAGGUUUUCAUGGCUGAAUGUGAAGCUUUGAGAAGCAUUCGUCAUCGGAACCUUAUAAAGAUCAUGACCAUUUGCUCAAGUAUUGAUUUCAAAGGCGCCGAUUUCAAGGCUAUUGUUUGUGAAUAUAUGCAGAAUGGAAGUUUAGAAGUAUGGCUGCACCAAAAUGAAGAGAAGACCGAUAUGAGGACACUGAGCCUCGUUCAAAGACUAAACAUAGCCAUUGAUGUGGCUUUUGCCAUUGAAUAUCUUCACUAUGACUGUGAAACAUCAAUCGUUCAUGGUGAUUUAAAGCCAAGCAAUGUCUUACUUGACCAUGACAUGACAGCACAUGUAGCGGAUUUUGGGCUCGCAAGAUUUCUCCGCAACGGCCCUGAAGAUGCCAAUUCUUCUGCAAAACAAACAAUCUCAAUUGGGAUCAAGGGAACUGUUGGCUAUGUUGCUCCAGAGUAUGGUAUGGGUAGCGAGGCGUCAAUGGCAGGAGAUGUGUACAGCUAUGGAAUACUUUUGUUGGAGAUGUUUACAGGAAAGCGACCAACUGAUGCAAUGUUCAACAAUGGUCUGAAUCUUCAUGAACAUUCCAAGAUGGCAUUGCCUGAAAGAGUGAUCGAAAUUGCUGAACCUUCUUUGCUUGUUGAAGGAGCUGUUGACGAAAAUUCUAAUUACAGAAGCCGCAGAGACCGAGAAAGAGGAACCAGAAUAAAGGAGUGCCUGGUUGCUGUCAUGAAAAUUGGCAUUCUCUGCUCAGUUGAGUCUCCGGUGGAGCGAAUGGAGAUGAGAGAUGUUGGACCUGAAUUAGGUGCAAUCAAGAAGAAGUUAUUGGGAAGCUCGACUUAAAAGUAUGAUCACCACAUCAGCAAACUUGUCAAUUUCAAGAACAUCACUUGUCUUAAUAUCACACAUAUACAAACAUUGUUGGGUAUUUUCUGCCAUUAGGAAUGAAGUUCAACUACAAAUUCCUUAA